AUGACGUCUCGCAUCGGCUUCCACCGCUGUGUCCGCCAUAUUCUGGGUACUGGCACGAGAAGAUAUCCAACGAGCAUCUCUGGGAGCGCUGUCAAGAUACCCCGAUUAGACACUCCGAUGAGAUUCCAAUCAUAUAUUCAAGCUGGCUCUGCUUCCCUGCCCGCAAGGAAAGCAGACACGUGGCCGUCCCAAGGAAACCUGGUGAUGUACAGUUGCGAUGAGGCAAAGAAAGCAGGAGAGACUUGGAAGAAGUUGAAAUGCGAAGCUCAAGACCGAACGAUGGAGGCUCUAAACGCCCUCUGCCCCAUCCAGAGGUCAUAUGACAUUAUGAAAAGAUACUGUAAAGGAAAACAGAUUCCAAAAAUAAUUCGUAUGUUACAUUAA